UCGUAACAGUAUGUCCGUUUCCAACUUGCCCAUAUAGGAUUCAGUUGAUCUUCCGAUAUUGAGUCUUCUGGUUUUCGCAAAACUGUGGAAUUGCAUGCAAAGGCGACGGUAAACGGGUUACAUUGUGUCGUCACUCCUCUCAUCUGGCUACGCCCCUUUUCUCGAUUCCGUCACUCUCCAACAACAAACCCCGGAAAAACAUACCCCGAACUCCAGCACAGGGGGUAACCAGACCUCCAUCUCCCCCCCUGAACACGAACAAUCCAAGAAACAACGUCCCUCCGACCACUGGAAGUCCUACGAUGACUGGAAUGACAACGGCCCAAUGCGCAAUUCAUCUUGAGCGCUUCAUGUCCUCCAUAAACAAAGAUGGCCUGAAAUCCCACGUUGAACAGCUGCUGCACUCACCCGUCAGGCUCUCCGACCGCUUUCCCGCCGGGCAGCACUGGUGCUGCUUCGAGUUUUCUACAUCUGACGAACGACGCUCUGUUAUUGCCCGCGUGCGCCUGCCCAAACAUCCAGGUUGGAGGCAAAAGACAGACCAUUGCCAGUGAGCAUAGCGGGUGUGCUGGAAGAGAGUAGAGCGUCGAGGUGUUUUGGGGUGGUGGAAAAAACUGGGGGUAUCCAAGGGGGUGGAAGGGGAGUUGGUUAGGGAGUUGGUGAGGCUGGAGUACGGAGAAGAAGGGACGGAGAUGGGGAAAGGAGACGUGGAAGGGUGGCUGGAGGUAAAGAGACAGGAGAUGCAGGCGUUCCUCAAAAAGGGGGGAUGUUCA